AUGGUGAUGAUGUUCGAUGCGAGUCUCUACGGUGGUGCGCUCAUCUCUACGGUGGCAACGGUGGAGGAGCAGCGUCGAGAAGCACGAUAUGCAGUUCGAGGAGGCUGGACCGUCUGGACGGGCAUUUCCUCGUCCUGGGCUGCGGACGCCUGGUGCGAGGGGGAGGCCUUCAGACGCGUGGGCACCGACGUGGAGUUGGGCACCCGGAUCCGCGUUCCGCCUGUGCACGAGUGUUGGGACGACAUCGCUCGGUGGAAGGAGGUUGUGCGCUGGCGCUGGGAGGAGAAGGAACACAUCAACUUGCUGGAGAUGCGCACGGGGGUGGCCGCGGCGAGGCACUCGGCCCGCACCCGGGCGAGCUGGGGGAAGAGACACUUACGCAUCACGGACUCGAUGGUCUGCCUCGGCGGCUUCAGCAAGGGCAGAUCGGCCAGCCGGCCCAUUCUAAUCUUGUGCAGGAGAAUGGCCGCCCUCGACCUUGGGUGCGGCAUGCGGGAGUACUGGCGCUGGGUGCCGUCGGACCGCAACCACAGCGACGGGCCGAGCCGAGGUUUUCCGAUUGGGCAGGCCCCGAAGGAGCGGAGGAGAGACGAGCUGGUGUUGCCGGAGGAGGUGGCUUCGAGCAUCGAGGCCCUGGCGGACUUGGCGGAGGUGGACCCCUUCCAGCCGCUCAGGAUGGGCGUCUCGAUCCCGGUGAAGGUGCUGCGCUUCGUUCACCUCUGCAGUGGCCACACGCGCAUCGGGGACCUGGAGGACUGGCUGCUCAGGAUCGCGGGCUCGCGAGGCUACCUGAUGAUCUGCACCAACGUGGACAUCGGCUUCGGGGCGGAGUUCGACCUGACGGACGAGGUCAACGUGCGGAGGCUGGAGCUGCUGGCAGAAGUGGAGACGGACGGAGGACACUCAGGGGACGACGCGAAGAAGGUGAAGCUUGGGAAUGCGCAGUUGCUGAGCAGCUUGAGGAUCCUGAAAGCGAUCGGGCUCAAGGGCGGCUCGGUCUCCAUCGAGCAUCCUGCCGAUCCGGGUUGUCCGCCGUUUCCAUCGAUCUUCGUGACCAAGGAGCUGGUGGACUGGGAGGCCCAGUUGGGUGCCUACCGAGUGACCUUCCCGCAGUGCAUGCGGGGCUGCCCCGCGCUGAAGCUGACGACGCUCACGGGGACGGCCUUCGGGAUGCAGCGGUUUGUUCGUCCCUGCGUGCACGAGAACCACUCGGCGAGCCUCUGUGGCAAGGACGAGAGCGGUCGCUUUCGGACGAGGGUGGCCCAGGCGUACCCUUCCGACUUCUGCAGGAUGUUGGCAGAGUGCCACGUGGACGCGAUGCUGACCAUGCAGGAGAGACGGGAGGCCGACCUGACCGAGAGGGCCGUGGAGCAAUUGAUCUCAGAGACCCUGGAGCGCAGGCGCCGGGACGCUACGUUGCUGGAGUCAUUACCUGCAGCUUUCCUUCGAGCCUCGGGUUGA